CAGACAGACAUGAAAUCCUCCAACGAGCUCGUCAGGCAGUUUGGAGAGUUUCUCCACUGACUGCAAACUACACUAGAAGUCUCUGCUGCGGCACACUGACACUCACACUCAGUUCAUAUGCUGAAGGUGGAGAGAAGACUCAGCGCAUGAGGAUCUAUGAAGGAUUUUCUGACAGGUGCACUUGCUAAAUGAAGAAAAUUUAUGUUGGACAGAUUUCUUUGUGAAGAUCAACAUCGCUGAAAUGAACCACAGCUGCAAAAUGACAGCUGCCACAAAGCUACUGGAUGAGAUGUGCCACCUGACGGCUCAGUCUCUGACGCCAAUGGUCACGUCAGAGCACUUCAAGGUCCUGAAGCUCCUGGGUGAAGGCUCAUACGGCAAAGUCAUGCUGGCUGUUCACAGGAAGAGAGGUACUCCGAUGGCUCUGAAGUUCUUCCCUCGUGAGUCCACCCCUCUUGUCUCUUUCCUGAAAGAGUAUAACCUCUCUCUGUCAUUCUGCACUCACCCGUCCCUGACCAGAGCCCUGGGGAUUGCCUACUCGACACCGUCACACUACGUCUUCGCUCAGCAAGCUAGCCUUUUCGGCGAUCUCUUUGAUGUCAUCUUGCCUGAGGUUGGAAUGGAGGAGGACUGUUGUCAGCGUGUGGUGUCCCAGCUGUGUGGUGCUCUGACCCACCUGCACUCUCUUGGUUUUGUCCACAGAGACCUCAAACCGGAGAACGUCUUCCUGUGUGACUCCGCCUGCCGAUGGGUCAAGCUAGGAGACUUUGGCAUGGUGAAGGCCAGGGGCACCAGGGUCCCAGAGGUCUGGUACAGCUCUCCUUACUGCACUCCUGAGGCCGAGAUUGCUCGCGGAAACGAGGACAGCUGGAGGAGCACGAGCGACGGGAAUGAUGGCGUUAAGGAGGAUGAAGAGAUGGAAAAGAAGGCCAGAGUCUGGGUGUCUGUGGAGCCCAGCACAGAUAGCUGGGCGCUGGGGAUCCUGACCUACGCUAUGCUCACCGGCAGUCAUCCCUGGGCUGAAACAGCCAGUGACUGCCGCGCAUACCUGAAGUAUGAAGAGUGGUUCAACCAAACAGAAGGCCCUGAUGAUGAACUGGAUGUAUGGGCAGAGCCGCAGGGCGAGAGCACGCAGGAUUUGAUUGGGGUAGAGAUUGGAAGGAAAGACCACCCUCCCGUAGCGCCCCAAUUUGCAUGUUUCACGCCGCUGGCCCGCUCCUUCUUCCGGUCGCUCCUCGACCCAAGGCCCCAGUAUCGUGGACGACCCGAGGUUGCGUUGAAUUACCUCGGAGGUGACUGGGUGAUGGAGAAGGAGAGGGUGAGGCUGGAGGAAGAGAGGAGGAAGAGCAGAGGGAAAGGAGCAAUCAGGAACAUGAAGGAGAUGGAGGGGAGAGGAGAGAGAUAAGGAGACUGGGAAAUAAUGAAGCAAUUUUUACACUAAAUCAUGGGCUAUAUCAAGGACAUGAGAUGUUCAGGUUUAUUAUUGAACCUGACUAAUAUUGUUUUUAGUUUUAUUUGCCUCAAAAAGGGGUUGUUGUCAUAAGCUAGAAACACUGUAGAGCCUUCAGUAGAUAAACACAUAAACAUUCUCCAGUUCAAUCUUCUCAAAUAUGAGAAUUUGCUGCUUUUCUACAUACAUGUAUAUAUGUAUAUAUAUAUA